CUUGAUGUCACAGUGACAUCACGCAUCACUAAAAGCUUUUAACCGGAUUCCUCUCCCGCCUUAGGCCCCAUUUUGAGUCCUCUUUCAGCUAGGCUAGGGGGAAGGGCACAGGCAGGACGGUGUGUGUGCCUGCUUGCAUGUAUCACUCCCUCACUGCAGAUUGAACACAGCUCUUAGCACAGUAAAAGACUUUCAAAUUGAACCACUACAGAGCCUGUUUCUGCAAAACACAGCCGGCACAGGCCAAGAGAAGCCAUUUAAAAAAUGGCAACAGAGGACGGUUUCAGCUACCUCAUGGCAGGUCACAGUGAGAAACACAGGCGGGCCCCGAACUGGACCGACGGUGAAAUGAAAGCCCUCCUGUACGUGUGGGAGGAACACCACAACGAACUGAAAAUGAGCAAGAGGAACGCCAAGGUUUACGAGAAGAUGUCCCAGAGGUUUUUCCAGCUGACCGGAGAGCAGCGAUUCAAAGAGGAAAUCAAGAUGAAAAUCACCAACAUGUCAUUUCAGUACAGGAGACUAAAGAGCAUAGCCGGUGAAAGCGGGGAGACGCCAGACUGGCCGUAUUAUAAGGCCAUAGAGAAGAUCCUCUCCAAGCCGCUGGAGAACGGGCGGGUGAAGUUGGAGCUCCAGGGCUCCGCUGCAGGUCCCUCCACUUCCUCUCAGUCCACAGACAACCUGGUGCCCCAGUCAGAGGAGGGGUUGAUGGGAUUCCUGCCAGAGUACACAGGCUCCUCAGACGAGAUGGAGAUAAAAGAAGAGCUGGAAACUUUGAGCUCUGACAGUGAGCACACACAGGGCUCCAGCUCUCACCCGACUUCAGCCAGGAAAAGACAUGCCAACAAGCACCUGUCCAUGAAGAGAAAGAAACUGCGAGUGAUGCAGGCCAUGUUACAGCAACAAAAGAGGUCGAGUCGCGCUAUAGAGGAGACGUGCAUGGAGGUCCGUCGAGCCAUGCACCAACAGAACCUCCUCCAGGUCCAGUGUCUGCAGCUGCAGGAACGUAUGAUGAACCUUCUGGAGAAGAUGAUCCAGCCUCCCUCCACCACGUCAGCAUCAUAGAGCCAAAUUGGGGUCAAAGAUACAGUGAAGCCGUGAUGUGUGGCGGUUGUGGUUAUCGGGGAGUGAUCAUGAUCUUGCCUAAUCUAUAGCUUUGUUGAAGCAAGAAUAAAAUAUAUUUAUUUUUGAUCUCAGUUCGACAUGGAACAUUCUUAAGGGUUAUCAUGUUGCAUAAGUCAAAGUGUAGCUGUUAUCAGUGCAGAGAUGGCACAAUAAUAUGCCUUAUGAUUUUGGAAGGUGUUAUCAGCCUGAAUAUCACUGAUGGCAGAUGACCAUGUUAAUAACCAUAAUUACAACAACUGGCACUUCAGCAUCUACCGUACAUUAGGCUCCACUGUGAGCUUUCAUUGUAGGGAUAGCUGUAUCAGAUCUUCUGUCUUGAUAAUUUGUCAAGUACCCUAUUUAAAUCACUGUGGGAACAACAGCCUUGCAAAAAAACGAUUUAUCUUGUCACUUCCUUUUUUCACCGUGCCAGGAUAAUUACAAGUGAGGAGCGUUUGAUGUCAAAACAGGGCAAUUUGUAGCAUAAUUAAGCAGACAUUGAGGCAAUAAUCCCUGUUCUUAUUGAAGUGAUUGGAAGGAAUCUGUCAUCAAAUGGCAGCAUAACCAACUGAAACUCGAAACACGUCCUUUUUACUAAAACAUGCAGUCCUACUGUCUCCCUUGUAUGAGACAGAAUUGCUUCUGGACUUCAUAGGCUACAAUGUCAAACAGAUGUGGCUGUAAAGAAAACAUACUGGAAAAGAUGGUAUCUCUGAUGGUGACCACAAUGAGUUUCUAACAAUGAAGGUAGGCUACAUUUCCUGUCUUCAACUGAUACACAUUUUCAAGGUGAAUCUUAUUUCGAUGCAAUUAACACAAUUGCCUCCACUGAUCCAUUUUAUCCCUUUUUUGCAAAUUCAGAUUGUGCGUCACUGUAACCACACUGAUUGGACAUCUGCCUGCGCUCUAACCGGACUGAUUAAGAACAAACAAAGAAGAUGUAUUGUUUAAUCGUGGGUGACAUUGUGCUUUUAGGAUUAGAUAUAAAUGCAAACUAGGAGACAAACAGAAAAAAACUGUUUUUCUCUCUGACAUUUCAAUACUUCAAAAUGCACAGAAUGUUCUGUUCUUAUUUGCAUUUCUGCUGAAUAAAACAACACCAUCUCCAUCCACCGUUAUUUAUUGUCUUUUA